CAAGAUCUGUCUCGGUAUGAGGAUAGGCAAUCAGAUCAAUUUCUUUGCGAUCAACAGGGAGGAAAACUCAUUAUACUCACUGAUCGCUGACGGCCAGUACCGCAACACGUCAUCAGGUCGUACCACGUGGAAGUCACUGAUUGGUUCUCAGGCUUCCCUACAACAUAACUGCAACAAGGAAGGGUUCAAUGCUAUAUGUAGUUCCCAGAGUGCCUCAAAGGCAAGAAUUGGUAUCGUUGCCAAUAAUCAGGGCUCGUGCUCUUCUUGUGACUCUAGAAUUGGCUUUGGUACAGGAGGUUCUCAUGACGACACAAACACAUGUGGUAACCAAGCAACGCACUCGGCCGAUAAUGGAGACAAACACAUUAAGGCAAUGGGGUAUAUCUUGGUGCAAUGACAAGGAAAGCAAUGAAUUGUUAAUUGAUUGGCGUUGAUGAACGUAUAAUGUAAGCUGGAAAUAUUUUGAUUCUUUUAUACUUAGUUAUACUGGGGUAGGGUUUCGAAAGCGAAAGUCACUUGGGUAGUUGAAUGGAUAUAGGGUGUUUAGAAUCCUUAUUCCACCAACGGAACACAUUUGCUGCUCGUUGUCUUCUAGCCUCGCAGGAAAAUGGAGAAGA